AUGGAGCCACGAGGAUCUGGCCCCGGGUCUAAACCCAGACCUGGACCUGGACCUGGACCUGGACCUGGACCUGGACCUGCUCCCAGCUCUGUUUCUCUGAAAAGUGACUGGUCCAAAGAUCCUCCUCUAAACUUCAGAGAAGAUGGUCCUGAAGAUCAGAGGGAUCCAGGUCCAAAGGAGCCGCUGGACGCCAUCUUGAGGCGUCUGCAGGAGGACGUGGUGACUUUUGUCAAAGAGCAGCUGCAGAGGAUCCAAAGGUUCCUGGCCUCAGAUUACCCAGAAUGCUGUGAGAGUGAGGUUCAGAGCAGAGAGGUUCUGAACAUCGCCCUGGACUUCCUGAGGAGGAUGAAGCAGGAUGAGCUGGUCCAGCGCCUGCAGAGCAGAAGCACUGUUGGAGUUUGUAGAGAUGAACUGAAGAAGCAGCUGCAGCAGAAGUUCAGCCGUGUGUUUGAGGGCGUGGCUAAAGCAGGAGACUCCGCCCCCCUGACCCAGAUCUACACAGAGCUCUACAUCACAGAGGGCGGGGCCUCAGAGGUCAACCAGGAACAUGAGACCUUCUACAACUCUGGACACAACCUGCUGAAGACACCACAGUCCUCUGAGAACCUGCUGAAGACACCACAGUCCUCUGAGAACCUGCUGAAGACACCACAGUCCUCUGAGAACCUGCUGAAGACACAAGAGCCCUCUGAGAACCUGCUGAAGAAACCACAGUCCUCUGAGAACCUGCUGAAGACACCACAGUCCUCUGAGAACCUGCUGAAGACACCACAGUCCUCUGAGAACCUGCUGAAGACACAAGAGCCCUCUGAGAACCUGCUGAAGAAACCACAGUCCUCUGAGAACCUGCUGAAGACACCACAGUCCCCUGAGAACCUGCUGAAGACACCACAGUCGUCUGAGAACCUGCUGAAGACACCACAGUCGUCUGAGAACCUGCUGAAGACACCACAGUCCUCUGAGAACCUGCUGAAGAAACCACAGUCCUCUGAGAACCUGCUGAAGACAUCACAGUCCUCUGAGAACCUGCUGAAGACACCACAGUCCUCUGAGAACCUGCUGAAGACACCACAGUCCUCUGAGAACCUGCUGAAGACACCACAGUCCUUUGAGAACCUGCUGAAGACACCACAGUCCUCUGAGAACCUGCUGAAGACACCACAGUCCUCUGAGAACCUGCUGAAGACACCACAGUCCUCUGAGAACCUGCUGGAGGUCGAACAAACCUCUUUCUUCAAACAGCUGUUUAAAAAGAAUAACUUGAACUCAGACCUGCAGGACUUUGACCUGAGGAAAUACCAGGCCUCAGAGAGAGCUCUCCUGGGUCUGCUGCCGGUGGUCAGAGCCUCCACCAAAGCCCUGUUGAGGGAGUGUGGACUGUCCCCUCACAGCUGUGGUCCGCUGGCCUCAGUCCUCAGCUCCUCCAGUCUCACACACCUGGAUCUGAGUAACAACGACCUCCAGGACUCAGGAGUGGAGCUGCUGUGUUCUGGACUGAAGAGCGCCCCCUGUGGACUGCACACUCUCAUGCUGUCUGGAUGUCUGAUCUCAGAGAGGGGCGGGGCUGCUCUGGCCUCAGCUCUAAGCCCCGCCCCCUCCCAUCUGAGAGAGUUGGACCUGAGCUACAACCAUCCAGGAGGUUCAUCAGAGCUGCUGAAGGCUCUACAGGACGACCCACACUGCCCCCUGCAGGAACUCAGGUUGGAUCCUGCUGGAGAACAGUGGAUGGUUCCAGGUCUGAGGAAGUAUUCCUGUCGAGUGUCUGUGUUCCUGGACUCUGAGGCUGGAUCUCUGUCCUUCUAUCAGGUCCGCUCUGAUGGAGAACUGUUCCACCUCCACACCGUCACCUCCUCCUUCUCUGAGCCUGUGUUUCCUGGGUUUGGACUUGGGUCUGAAGGUUCCUCUGUGUCUGUGGUGGAUCUGAGGAGAGCGCCCCCUGCUGGACCUCAGUGA